GACUCCCUCCCUCUCUGAACAACGAGGAUUUAACGAGCACUUUAACAUUUUCACAUAAAGAAGAGUACGAAGCAUUGUUUGAACGAGACGAAGCCGCCGGUUCAAUUUCAGACGUUAACUGUAAAAGAGAAAGCUUUAACUGGAAACGAACCAAUUUUAAAGGAAACGCUUCCAGACAAGCAGCUUCUCAGACAGGGCGAGGAGGAAGUGGAGUUUGUUAGAGAAUUCGGGACAUUCAGGAAAAUGACUGUAGACUUGGAGGAACAGGAAGACGAACUACUCGCUCUCCAUAGUAUCUUUGGCUCAGAGGAGUUCGCCCGGAAAGAGUCGAGCCCUGCCGGAGAAAUCCGAGUGUCGGUUGAGCUUCCUGCAGACUUCAGUGUGGCUCUGAGGGAGGGUGAAACGGUGAGGCAGUAUGAGAUAUCGUUCCUUCCACCUCUGCUCCUGACCUUUGAACUCCCUGAGGACUACCCAUCCUGCUCCCCUCCCUCCUUCACCCUCAGGUGCAGCUGGCUGACUCACACACAGCUCUCUGCACUGGCUGCUCAGCUCACUGAUCUCUACCAGGCCACCGGAGGCACUGUGGUGCUCUUCUCCUGGGUGCAGUUUCUUAAAGAAGACGCCCUCAGGUUCCUGGACAUCCAUUCUCUGCUGGAGCUGCCCUCUGAUGAACACAGCACUCAGCACGAUAGCCAGGACUCACAAAAUGCUUCCCUCUCAGAAACAAGGAAUAAUCUUGACACUCCAAACUCAGGAUCCACAGAUGACCAAAGCUCUAAUGUCUCAGGUCUCUCCUCACCAUCCCUGGAAGUUCAGCAUCCAGCAGUGAAUCUUGCUGAUGGACAAAAUCCCUCAACCUCAGACGGGAGCAGCACAGACUCUGAGGGAGCUGUAGAAUUACACCAAAAUAAUUUACCCUCCCACCACAGUAGAGUCGGCCAGAAUGAUCUAAACUCAGAGCCUUCCCAUGAUUCGAACGAAGGUUCACAAGCCUCAGAUGCAAGGAAGGCUGAACAGACCUUCCAGAUCUCAGAGUUUACGCCUGACAGCCAGAAGGAUCUGUCUUCAGCGGCAGGCAUCUCCAAGCGUCUUCCUUUUGCUGAGUCUGAUCAAAUUGGUCAGGAAGAUUUCUUAAAUGAGGGCAAUGUUUCAGCCUCAGUGUUGCUUCCCCCGAGCUCCUCAGGCAAAUUAGAUGAAAGUGGACAAGGAGCUGCUCCUCUGCCUGUCCACCCAAGAGAAUCCUUUCAAAAUAAAGAGCAAACCCUCUCUAGACUCUCCCUAACCCCUUCACAAACUCUCCUGUCCCAGCUCUUGAUCUAUGAUGGAGCCCAGAAACAGAAAGUGUUUGCCACAUCUGUGUUUGACUGUGGUGUGUGUUUUGUGGGUUGGCUUGGAUCAGAGUGUGUACAGUUGCCUGAGUGUGGCCACAUCUUCUGCCAGGCUUGUCUAGCUGAGUUCUGUAAGCGCCAGAUAACAGAAGGGAACGUUCGGGGUGUCACCUGUCCUCAGGCAGACUGCACGGCCAGUCCUACACCUGCACAGGUGAGAGGUCUGGUUGGGGAGGAGCUGUUCAGCCGCUACGAUCGUCUCCUGCUACAGUCUACGUUGGACCUCAUGCCUGAUGUGGCGUACUGUCCUCGGCGUACCUGUGGUUCGGCUGUUAUUAUGGAGAAGUCCAGCAAUGCAGCACUGUGCUCUGUGUGCGGCUUUGCUUUCUGCAUCACCUGCAGAAAGACCUACCAUGGAACAGAUGACUGUCAGGCAAAGAAGAACGUGGAGAAACAGACAGAAAAAGACUCGCCUGAUUGCCACGUAAACCUGCCACAGUCCCAAGAGGGGAUAAUGGCUCUGUGGAAAGACUACACCAGUGGCAGUAAGAUGAGGCAGCGCCUCCUGCAGAGCAGGUAUGGCCACAAGUUAUUGCAGAACACCGUGGCAGACUGUCUGAGCGAGGAAUGGAUUGGAAUCAACAGCAAGAAUUGUCCUCACUGCUUCUGUAGAAUACAGAAAGACGGAGGAUGUAACAUGAUGACAUGCUCUCGGUGUAGACAGCUCUUCUGCUGGGCCUGCCUCACCAGACUACCAAGGGUCGGUGCAGGCAGUCACUUUCAGGACAGCCCCUGCUCUGCCUACCAAUGGCGUCCGACAUAGUCCUUAGCCAUUUUUACCUCCAUCCAUGUCAGCACAUUUUGCACGUUAUGCUACCUUAAAUGCACAGACAUAAGUCAGUGCAUGGAAAUUCUGAUUUAAUGAAAAAAAAAAAAAACUAGAGUCUAAUCACUAUAAACAUUAGGUACCUUAUGGUCUUUUGCUACAAAUGGGCCAACAUUGAAAUUUAGUCACAGGUUACACAGUUUACAAAAAAGUUAUUCAGUUAUUCAAAAAAACAACACCAUACGUCAUACUGAGUUAUGACCAGUAGAGGGCACCAAAUAACAGGAAUUACAAAACAGCUCUCAAGUAACUUUCCAAGAAGUUCCCUUUUGGUUGGAUUAAGGAUUAAGGUACCUAGAAGGUCUGCAACUCAUGAUUGUUUUAAUUUGUAAUCAAUC